CAUAUACACACUCAUAAGACUUUAGCAUGAACGUUGAGUAGGUAUUACUUAUGUCUGUUCGUUGUGAUAAGCUUGUGAGUAUACCGAUACUGACACUGCGAUUGAACAUUUCCUAAUUUACCUAUAACUUCUCUCAUAAGAAGAGCUAAAACUGAACAAAUUGAUAGGACAACGACAGAAUAUAUAUUUUUAUUCUUUUUGAUUUUUUAAACAGAAAUUUGUUUCUAGGCUAUAUGUGAAGACUACCAAAUAAAACACUAUCUUUGCUCAAGGUACGGUUACUUACUCUGGACGGAUCACAAGGUGAACUUUAAAGACUCAACUUGUGCUUACAGGUGCAAGAUUUGAUUGAUAUCUAAAACGCUAAGUGGGAAAUCCUGACGACAAACCUAAGCUCGCCUGCCCGAAGAGCUAAAACGUUAUUCUUCCGAAUAACCAAGAGGCCUAGGAAGAUUAUAUAUGGAUUUACCAGUAUGGAGCGUCACCUAGGUAUUCUUAUUGCUGUAGUGCUUGUCAUUGCACCGAGUAUCACUCUAGCAUCUGAACACGAGCUGACAGCGAAAGUAUCUACCGGCAAAAAAAUAAAGAAUAUAACUGUUGACACGGUUGUGGAUUAUAUAAUACACAAAUAUUCCACGGAGGACAGUGUUCUGUCAUUUGAAGGCUAUCAACAUUUAUUGGAAAGUUUGGAUCUUGGAAUGGUUGAUAAUGACCACAGCGAGAAAGCCCACUUAAAGGUCCCUGACCAUGGAGAUCAUAGCGACUACGGUGAUCAUAAUGAUCUCGACGAACAUGGUGAUCAUACUGAUCAUGACCACACCCACCAUGGUGAUCAUACUGGUCAUGAUCACACCGACCAUGGUGAUCAAAGCGACCACGAUGAUCAUACUGAUCAUGAUCAUACGGACAACGGUGAUCAUGGUGACCAUGGUGAUCUUAAUGAUCACGACGAACAUGGUGAUCACGACAACCAUGGUGAUCACGAUGACGAUAGUGAUUUAACACGAAGUAAAAGAAGUUUGGACAAAGCUCUAGGACAAUCUGAUCAACGUGACUUUCGCAACACGUGUUUGCGGCCAAAGGAGAUUCUGCAGCUAAUGCGGUUUACUGGCCAUGCUUUGACGAAGGAACAGUUUAUAGAGUUGUGUCCCCUGCUCAUUGUUCAGCUCGAUGGACACGUGUGUAGCCACUUACAUGAUCAUCACCAUGCGGAUCCGCAUGGUCACGAAGAGGCAAAAACCAAUGUAAAUUCUAAAACCUGGUUGUAUGCUUGUGGUUCCAUCGUGGUCAUCAGUUUGUCGGGCCUGAUCUGUGUGGGCAUCCUGUCUCUUCUACACCAUAUUUUUGUUGAGAACUUCCUUCACUUCCUGGUGGCGAUGGCUGUCGGGGCGCUGACAGGGGACGCCAUGUUGCAUCUUCUACCCCACGCACUGUCCUCGUCCGAUGGUCACGAUCAUGGUUCCGGCGAAGUUCACGACAUGGAUGGCGUCUUCAAGGGUUUGGCAGGACUGUCUAUUUUCUAUUUCUUUUUUCUAUUUGGGAGGAUCCAGGACAUAGCAAGUAUAAGGAAAAUGAAGAAAAGAAAAGAAAAAUCGGAAGACUUGGAGUCUCUUGGUGUAACCAUGGUGAUCAGAGCGCCAAAUGAGGAGGGCAACAUGAUUAUAGACAAGGUUGUGAGCGUCAAAAAAGUGGAAGCUAACGAGAAAGAAUACUUAGGUCACUCGCACUCUCAUGGUCAUUCUCACAGCCAUGGACACGACGACCUGCCCACGUCAACUGGGGCCAUGGUGUGGCGCGUGAUUGUAGGGGACGGCGUCCACAACUUUAUUGACGGGCUCGCCAUCGGAAUUGCGUUCGCUGACAGUGUCACUAGUGGACUCAGUACGGCCAUAGCAGUGCUUUGUCACGAACUUCCUCAUGAAAUAGGCGACUUCGCCGUUCUACUUAAGAAAGGGAUGUCGAUCAGACAGGCGCUGGGUUUCAAUUGUUUGUCGUCUGCUCUGUCGAUGAUUGGCGUUUUGGUGGGAGUUGCAAUGGGCAACAUCACAAGCAUCAAAUUCUACAUACUCGUCUGUGUAGCCGGAAUGUUCAUAUAUAUAUCACUGGUUGAUAUGCUUCCAGAAAUAAGUAGCAGCCCUACCAAGAACCCCGUGCGCAAUCUUGUCUUCACUAUGAUGGGGAUCUGUGUCGGCUCGGGGAUCAUGCUCGCUAUUGCCUUGAAGGAGGACGAGUUGGCAAAGAUCACGGCGUGACCAGCUGCAGGUGUUCAUCACGUGAUCAACAUGACAUGCAUCAGAAUCUCAUCACGUGAUCAACAUGACAAGCCGCAGAAGUGUACGGCGUGAUUGAUGUGACGAGCCGCAGGAGCUCACCACGUGACCGAUAUCACUCACUCAAUCUGAUUUUAAUGAAUAUUUGUUGACGUUGUGCAGCUCUUGUUAUAAUUAUGUUAUGGACUGGUUAUUAAUGGAUUAUUUGUAACAUUUUGUGGUAAACCAAGUAAUUUGAAGAUAUAUUGUUAAGCUUCGAUAUGAGAUUAUUUUUGCUUCAGAUCAUUUGACUCUUACUUUUUCCAUUCAUAUCAUAAAAUAGAAGUGCGAUUCUAUAUUCAUUAUACUCAAAACAGGUGAGUUAAUAUAUGUAUAUUCUUCGCAAGUAAGUUCGUAUAGAUCAUAAACAAGGAGUGUGAUUUCAUAAAUAUAAUACGCAAGAAAACAAUUAUAUAGAUAAUAUGCAAGAAAUCCGAGUUUAUAUAAACUAUAAACAGGAAAUGCUACUCCAUAUAUAUUCCAAGAUCCAAGAUGGCUGCCUGUCAGCAAUUUUAUAAUCCCAUCAGUCUCAAAAGUAAACAUGCACAAUAACAGACUAAGAGGAACCUACAUUUGUAGUUGUAGUAUACGACUAUCGGCAAACCUCUUUACACAAGUCCCCGAGGUUUGCCGACAGUCGUAUAACCUUGAUAGUCGCAGUAAUGGUGUGGUAGUUUUUUUUGGAAGUGGCGCGGCUGAUAAUAUACAAACUUUAGUUGUCAAGUAAUUUGAAGUUAACCAGUACUUCUUAAAAUUCAUAAAAUUCAGAGAGUUUUUGUGCACUUCCACUUCUGUUUCAGCGAUAUAGUUUAUACCAGUCAGGACUGUAUCUGUAUGGCCCCUAUAUCAACACCGAUUAGUCCUAAGAAGGCCGAAACAGCAGUGUGGUGCGUGUGAUCCUUAUUUAGCAUAGCAUCCUGUAUUAGUUACCAUACUGUCUCAAGUUGUAUCGAUCGCCGGAAAUAAAUUAUUAUCA